UUGAAAUAACGCCAGACGCCACUGGAACUAAUAACAAUGCACUGAUAUUUUAUUUGGAAAAACACCGGAGGAUUAAAUUACAGACCCCAUUUCUCCAAUCAGGUGUCCUGGACAGGCUUGGUACCAUGUUGGACCACGCUGACGUGAGCUGUACUCCGGAGGAGCGCGUGCGGGCCCUGACCAAAUUGGGCAGCACGGUGGACAUGAACGAGGACGUCCCCGCCCGCCGUUACUUCCGCUCGGGGAUGGAGAUGAUCCGCAUGGCUCACGUCUACGCCGAGGAGGGCAACACGGAACACGCUUUCGUCCUCUACAACAAAUACAUCACCCUUUUUAUUGAGAAACUUCCUCAUCAUCCAGAGUACAAAUCAUCCAGCAUCCCAGAGAGGAGAGACACCCUGAAGAAACUGAAGGAGGUCGUGUUCCCUCAGGCGGAAGAGCUGAAGAAAAGGUUAUUGAAGAGAUACCAAGAAGAAUACGCCGAAUUUCUAGUGAAAAAGAGGGCAGAGGAGGCGGUGCUGCAGAAGGAGCUGAUGAGGCAGAAGGAGCUAAGCGUGGAGAGACAGCGCGUGGCCGAGAUGCAGCGCAGGCAGAGGGAGCAGGAGCAGUUCAGCAUCUUCGAGGAGAUGAUUCACCGUCGGGACCUGGAACGGGAGCGCCAACGCGUCCGCGAAGGCUUCGGCUCCGCCUCCUCCCCCCAGGCCGACGCCCCGCUCAUCCCCGGCAUCGGCGGCCCGCCUCUCCCCUUCUCCGAUUCCCCCACGCCCCCCGAGAGCCCCGUGUACCCCUCCCUUAAUCACGCCAACGCCCCGGCGUCCAAACCUGCGGCGGCUCCCGCGUUUGACCGCUCUCUGAAGCCUGGGUCGCUGCACAGGACGGACAGCAUCUCUCUGGUGGACGGGCUGAGGCAGCUGGCGGUUCCGGCCGGGCUGUGUGAGACCUUUCUCAGACUGGCCGACAACAACACGGUCCGCGGCGUGGAGACCUGCGGCAUUCUCUGUGGCAAACUGACCAGGAAUUCUUUCACUGUGACGCAUCUGAUAGUACCUAAGCAGCGUGGUGGGCCGGAUCAUUGUGACACAGAGAAUGAAGAGGAGUUGUUUCUGAUUCAGGACCAGUAUGAUCUCAUCACACUGGGCUGGAUCCAUACACACCCCACUCAGUCAGCGUUCCUCUCCAGUGUCGACCUUCAUACCCACUGCGCCUAUCAGAUGAUGCUCCCAGAAUCCAUUGCCAUCGUCUGCUCUCCCUCGCCCAAACACAAUGAAGUGGGUUACUUCAGACUAACAGACAGAGGUAUGGAAGAGAUCUCUCGUUGUAAACUGAAGGGCUUUCACCCUCACUCCAAAGAUCUCUUCAUCGACAGCACUCACAUCAUUCUAAAACAAGGCUCCGUAAACAUCCUAGAUCUGCGCUGAGUCACGAGACUAUUUUAACUAUGGUACAAUGAAGAACUUCUUUUUUCUGUUGUUGGUUUUUUUUUGUU